AUGUCCGACGCGAUGGAGCAAGAUGCGCCGCCAUCAUCCCCGCCACCGCGCGGUACCAAGCGCAAAGCAGACGAGAUGACUGGUCCACGGCGCAUUCGAGCGCUGCACCAAGACGUCGUCAACAAGAUCGCAGCAGGCGAAAUCAUAGUCUCACCAUUUCAUGCACUGAAGGAACUCAUUGAAAACGCUGUCGAUGCUGGCUCGACAAGCCUGGAGAUUCUGGUCAAGGAUGGCGGACUCAAACUCCUGCAGAUGACCGACAAUGGCUGCGGCAUUAACAAGGACGACCUGCCCAUCCUGUGUGAACGCUUCACGACGAGCAAGCUGAAGGCGUUUGAAGACCUGACGAGUAUUGGAACGUACGGCUUCCGCGGCGAGGCGCUGGCCAGCAUCAGUCACAUCGCUCAUUUGGCGAUUACCACAAAGACUGCGGACUCAAGCUGCGCCUGGAGAGCCCACUAUGCUGGUGGCCACCUCGCACCUGCCAAAGCGGGCCAGACCUCCGAUCCUAAGGCUUGUGCUGGCAGGCAAGGAACUCAGAUUGCCGUUGAAGACCUUUUUUACAACGUGCCCACCCGCCGCCGUGCAUUCAGGUCUGCUAGCGAGGAGUACGCUAAGAUUGCUGACAUGGUUGGCAAAUACGCUGUCCAUUGCAAAGGCGUUGCGUUUUCGUGCAAGAAGCAUGGCGAGGCGGGCGCUGGUCUGGCUGUGCCUGCCAAUGCAAGCGUGAAGGACCGCAUACGAAUGGUCUACAACAGUGCUACGGCGAACGAGCUCAUCGAGAUCGAGCUUCAAAACGAUCAAUACGGCUUCAAAACGGAUGGACUGGUCAGCAACGCCAACCACAGUUCGAAGAAGACGACGUGUCUGCUCUUCAUCAACCAUCGAGCCGUAGAUUCCAGCGUCAUCAAGAAGGCCGUCGAGCAGACGUAUUCUACUUUCUUGCCGAAGGGUGGCAAGCCGUUCUUCUACUUGAGCUUGGAGAUCGACCCAGCAAGAGUGGACGUCAAUGUCCAUCCGACGAAGCGAGAGGUCAACUUUCUCAAUGAGGAGGAGAUCGUUGAGAUGAUCUGCGACGAGAUCCGAACUCGACUCGGCAAAGUAGACACAAGCCGCACUUUCAUGACCCAGAGCUUGCUCAGCGGCGGCAAGACACCCAGCAUAUCCAAGGCUGCCACUCUGCCGGAGGACGAUAGUAUGGAAGUCACGCCCACAAUUAAGCGCCCUUCGACCGCGAGAGCAGCCUCACAGCGACCUUACGAGAACAACCUGAUUCGGACAGAUGCAAAAUCCCGCAAGAUCACAUCCAUGCUGCAAGCACAGAGCACGCUCUCUCGCGAGCCUACUUCCGACGACCUGCAAUACGAGUACAACGACAAGGAAGCCACAAUUUGCCGCCUGUCGACCGUCAAAGAGCUCCGUGCCGAUGUACGAGAAAACAUGCACAACGAGCUGACAGACGUCUACACCAAUCACACAUUCGUUGGUAUUGUCGAUGACUGCAAGCGCAUUGCUGCCAUACAAGGCGGUGUCAAGCUGUUUCUGGUCGACUACGGCAUGCUUUCGGCAGAGUAUUUCUACCAGCUGGGCUUGACCGACUUCGGCAACUUUGGCACUAUUCGUCUGGGUCCUCCGCUGAGCUUGCGCGAGCUGCUAGAGAUGGGUGCAGAGCAAAUGAGAGCUCAGGAGCCGGAUACAGUAGAGCUUGACUGGGACGAGGUCGUUUCAGCGGUAUCAGAGCAAUUGAUAUCCCGACGAGACAUGCUGACCGAAUACUUCUCUCUCGAAAUCUCCGAAGAAGGCGAUCUGCUUUCCCUCCCACUUCUGAUGAAAGGCUACUCACCAUCCCUGGCCAAGCUACCGACCUUUCUUCUACGACUGGGACCACACGUCGACUGGAAUGACGAGAAAGGCUGCUUUGCUAGCUUCUUGAAGGAGCUGGCGAGUUUCUACGUACCGGACGCUCUACCACCGCCACCCGCUUCGAAGGAUGCGGACGAGGAUGAAGAGCUUGCGAACCGGAGGGAUGAGCUGCAUAGGACGAUUGAGAAUGUGCUGUUUCCUGCGUUCAAGGGACGGCUCGUCGCUACGAGGGGGUUGCUGAAGGGCACCGUGCAGGUGGCCAAUCUGAAGGGACUGUAUCGAGUGUUUGAGAGAUGUUGA